AUGCGUCUGGUAAUGCCUGGGUGUAUUGUCGACGCGCGGAACAUCCCCGCGCUCCGAAUCUUCGUGCUUGCAUGUGUCAUGACACUGUAUUUGGUCAUGGGCGCAUCAGUGUUUCAAGCAAUCGAAGGUCCUUUGGAAGAACAGAUCGGUGACAGGCUGAACCAGUUGAAGAACGACUUCUUGAAGGAAAAUCCCUGUAUCAAAGGUAUUGCGCAGUUAGACAAGUUACACAUGGACAUAGAUAGAUAG